AUGGCGGAGGGAGCGAAGCGGGACGGUUUGGGUUCCCUGCAGCCCCCGGUCAUCAGCCUGGAGCCUCCGUGUUCCCCCAGACCGCUUCUAGACUGGAAGACACGCCUGAGGACUGGAACCAUCUUCACUGGUGCCAACGUCGUGUUCUGGUUUGUGUUCCUCAGUCCCUUCAGCGUCGUCUGUCUGGUCUGCAUGUGCCUGGUUCUUUUAAUCCUUGCACAGUUGGUGAGAGACUUGGCUCUGUCCAGGGCUAAAGGGUGCCGUUUAUGGAGAAGUAUGACUGGCAGUUGGGAGAUGGUCGACUCGGGUCAGGAUGGAAGCUCUGGAGCAGAAACUCAGCUGACAGACUGCUGGAUGAGCAUCAAGCUGUUCCUAGAGGAGACAUCUUCUUUUAAACAGCAGAAUCCGGGCAAGUUUUGUCUGCUGGUUUGCAGCUUGUGUUUUUUCCUGGCCGUGCUGGGCAAUUACAUUCCAGGAGUUGUUAUUUCAUACACAAUAGUGCUAGGCAUUUUCCUGUGGCCUCUGAUGUCAUCACAUGAGCUUGGGAUGUGGUUAGAGCCAGUUCUGCAGAAACUGGAUUUUGGAGUGGGGCACUUCCUGCAGAGGAUCAAAGAGAAUCAUGAGAAGAGAUUGCUUCAAGCUCAGGCUGAGAAGGAGAGCAUCGAAGCUGACCUGUCACUACUGUUUCCCAAGAUGGACUCCACUGUGUGUAAGGAGAUGUGUGUAUCAGACACAGAGAUUUCUGAUGUUACUUGGACAGAUAAUGGCACCUUUAACCUAUCAGAGGGACACACGCCUCAGACAGAGAACUCAGAAGAUUUAGACCGCCGUGAGGAGGAGGUGUUCUCUGGCGGCCUCGCUGACUUUCCGUCCCUGGAUAACGGGACCAACGGCGAUGACGAUGAGGACCUGAGUAUCGGCCUGCCCAACACAUCCAUCCCCCAGCCCAGAAAGACCCGAGCAGCCUGUGCGGAAAAAGAGACGGCGGAGAGUCAGGUCAUGGAACUGCUACAGAGGACAGCUGGGGAUGCCAUCACGGCUGCCGUCACCGCUGCCAUACAGGAGCGGCUGGAGACCGCCAUUCCUGAGGAUUCAGACAGCGAGUACGAGGACUUUGAGCUGCUGGACCAGUCUGAGCUGGAGCAUCUGGAAGGUGAGCUGUGUUUAGAGAAAGCGAGUGGAGAGGCCCGGUCUAAAGGUUCCAAACAAGCUGGCUUUUUCUCCAAACUGCUCGGAAACCAGUGACGCCAUCCCUUCUGCACUGGGGCUGGAUCAUGGGACGGAAACGCAGGGCGGAUAAGGUCCUAGGGACUGGGGAGGGUCCAGACUAAUGAUGGUAUUCCAUUGUUUUUUAUGUUGAAAUUAAAUUGAUUUGCAAAAAUAUUAAAUAAGUAGAGAAAAAAACCUUCAUGUGCAUUGAUGAAAGUGGGAAUUGGGUUGGUCUGGUACAAAAUAAUCUGUAGACAUUGUCACACUUACUGUACAUCUAGAAUGUGAUUUUGUUACUGUUUUGCAUUUAAUACUACCAG